CUCUACAGGUUCCUCAAAGCUUCUACAUAUUUUUCAAGAUGACCACAAUUUCCCUGAUUUUAUAAGAGCAAGAACUCAGCUAUUGAAACAACUUUUCACUUAACUCUACAUCAGUUCCUGAGAAAAGCUCUAGAAGAGGACCAUGGUGAAAUCUCCAUUAAAAACACCUCAAGAGUUUCAAUGACAACUGUAGAAGAUGCUCAGACCCCCAAAAGACAUCUGAGUUGAAACUGCAGCUCUCUGGAUGUAAAAGCAAUUCUUGCAAACAAGGUUACAUCAAACUGGUGAAAUAAAAACAAACUUCCUCUCCCAAGACUUCAUAUUGUGAGCCAUUCAGGAGCAGGAGGGGCAGCUUCCAGUUGCAGGAUGGCUAUGACUGACUUGCUCAGCGCUGAGGAUAUCAAGAAGGCUGUGGGAGCCUUUUCAGCGGCUGAAUCUUUUAACUACAAAAAGUUUUUCGAGAUGGUAGGAUUGAAAAAGAAGAGCCCAGAAGAUGUGAAGAAAGUUUUCCAUAUUCUUGAUAAAGAUCAGAGCGGCUUCAUUGAAGAGGAAGAAUUGAAGUUUGUCCUGAAGGGCUUUACCCCAGAAGGAAGAGACCUAUCAGACAAAGAAACGAAGGCUCUUCUGGCUGCUGGAGAUAAGGACGGUGAUGGUAAAAUUGGCGCUGAUGAAUUUGCAACUAUGGUGGCUGAAUCAUAAAGGCUUUGACCAAUGCAAACCCUUCACCCAUCCUUCACUGCCCAAUUCCAACCACCUCCUGCUGACUGCUUUGGCUCCUGUUCUAUUUAUUUAUGUUAUUUUAUACUCCAGCUCUGUUCUCUGCAAUCCUGCAACUCUGUAAUUGUGCUGAAAGACACUGUUAAAAUAAUAAAGGUCACAUCAAUCUGGG